AUGUCGCACCGUAAAUUUUCGGCGCCCAGGCACGGAUCUAUGGGAUUCGCGCCGAAAAAGCGCUCUAGGACUUACAGAGGUCGAAUAAAGGCUUUCCCCAAGGAUGAUCCGUCGAAGCCCAUUCAUCUCACAGCAUUCCUUGGUUACAAGGCUGGAAUGACACACAUCGUUCGUGAUGUUGACAAGCCAGGAUCAAAGGUUAACAAGAAAGAGGUCGUCGAAGCAGUAACCGUUAUUGAAACACCACCAAUGGUAAUCGUAGGCAUUGUCGGGUACAUCGACACUCCACGUGGACCACGACCGUUCAAGUCUGUCUUUGCUGAGCACCUCAGCGAGGACUGCCGCCGCCGCUUCUACAAAAACUGGUGCAAAUCCAAGAAGAAGGCCUUCACAAAAUACGCGAAGAAGUGGCAGGAUGAGGAUGGCAGAAAGGUCAUUGAGUCGGAUCUCAACAAGAUGAAGAAGUACUGUUCUGCUAUCCGAGUUGUAGCUCACACUCAGAUGAAAAUCUUGAACAGAAAGCAAAAGAAGGCUCACUUAGUUGAGAUUCAAGUGAAUGGUGGAACUAUAGAGGAGAAGGUCAAUUGGGCCAAGGAACAUCUUGAGAAGCAGGUCCCUGUUGACACCGUUUUCUCCCAAGACGAGAUGAUCGACACUAUUGGUGUAACGAAAGGUCACGGAUUCAAGGGCGUAACCAGCAGAUGGGGUACCAAAAAGCUUCCACGCAAAACUCACAAAGGUCUCCGCAAGGUUGCUUGUAUUGGGGCGUGGCAUCCUUCUCGUGUUGCUUUCACUGUUGCUCGAGCUGGUCAGAAGGGUUACCAUCAUCGUACUCACAUCAAUAACAAGGUGUACAGAAUCGGCCGAUCAUGCCUAACUCCAGAUGGCAAGAACAAUGGAGCCACUGAAUUCGAUCUUACCGAGAAGAGCAUCAACCCUAUGGGAGGUUUCCCCCGCUACGGUCUUGUUAACCAGGACUACGUCAUGCUGCGUGGUGCUGUCAUGGGACCUAAGAAGCGCUUAAUUACAUUGAGGAAAUCGCUUGUAGUGCAAACUAAGAGAUUUGCUCAUGAGAAGAUUAACUUGAAGUGGAUCGACACUAGUUCCAAGACCGGACACGGACGAUUCCAGACAACUGCUGAAAAGAAGGCAUUCAUGGGCAAGCUCAAGAAAGAUUUCCUUGCGGAGAGCAAAGCCUAA